AUGAUCUCAUCCAUCAUCAUAUACCCUCAGCCAGGGGACAAGAUUACCCCUAAUACGACCUUCACUAUCAGGAUCCAGACACGCAACUUGCGUGCUGGUUACCUCGUAAACCCUAGCAGCAGCUAUUACACAGCUCCACAAGAUCUCGACGAGAAUGGCAACAUCAUUGGGCAUUGCCACGUCACUAUCCAGGAGAUUGGUACCCUCAGAACCCUGGAGCCGCCUGAUCCCACAAAGUUUGCCUUCUUCAAGGGCAUCGACGAUUCUGGUGAUGGCAAAGGCGGGUUAAGCACAGAGGUCACAGGAGGUUUGCCGGCUGGCGUCUACCGUAUCUGCACGAUGAUCGCAGCUCGUAAUCACCAGCCUGUGGUCAUGCCUGUUGCACAAAGAGGUGCUCAAGAUGACUGUACAAAGUUUGUUGUGGGGGAGUAG